AGUCCCUCAGUACGGACUCUCAGGCAGGACGCAAUCCGAAGCCUCGAUCAAACGUCGUGUCCUUUCAUAAAGCAAAUAUUGAUUAUUCUUGACUUCACCUAUAUGAUAAAGUGGUCGUCGCGUGCACUUUAUCCGUCUUCGAUCGAUUAAUAUUUUGGCCCUGAGCAGCUAAACUCAGAGAAUAAACCCCUCGGUUGCCGCCGCUACGUAACGUCAGCUCCGCGGUAAACGUCCCCCCGCUUCCGUUGUUAUGGUGUGUGAAUAUGGCGGCAAAGGCAACAGGAGACCGACCGCGAGCUGAGGUCCAGACGGAGAGUAUCGUCAACCGCUGGAUCGUGGACUACUACGUGUCGCUGGCUCUGCGGGCGUUCCAAGGCGGGCAGUACGCGGACUUCUGCAGCGUCAAGAAUGUGGUGGACGGUGUCUCGGCCCGGCCUUUGGACUGCAUUGAUGAAAUUCACCUCAAGAUUCAAGUACUGCAGUUUCUCACCUGGAUAAAUGAGGGCGAGGAACUCGACAUGUCAUCUGCGUCUGACCAGUCCAUAACUCCUCUGGAAUUAGCCCUGGAUUUGCUGCAGCCUAUGAGCCAGAACAGCAGUAUCCCGCACCAGGAGUUUGAGAAUGUGUGCACUUCAGUUAAAGAGAUGAUCAUGGUGAUUUUCAUUAAGAACAACAGAUUUGACAAAGCAAAGGAGAUGCUGACCAAACACUUUUCCAGACCAAUGGUGGGCAAGAGAGUAAUAUUCAUGGGUCUCAUCAAUAAGAGGAGUAAAAGGCAUGAUGUCAUCGAGCAAAUGGACUUUGGCCAGUUCAAAACAGAGAUGCUGGCCUUUUGCCAGAGGCUCUGCCCAUUCCCUGUUCCUUUUCUGCACAAGCAGGCUGCUAAACUGCUGAUUGAUGAAAGGCUUACACAGCGAGAUGACAAUGCAGCCGGACCUGAUGAGCAAGACGAACCUGGCCCGUCCUGUAGUGAACACAUCAACACUGUCCUGCCUGUAUCAUGUAAACAUAAAAUUAUCCAGAGGACCAGGCUGGAGGCAGCCUACAAGACUCUGGCUGCAAAAUCAGACAUGAGAACAUUUUCUCAGCUGGAGGAAGAGUUGGAGAGAGAGGAAGAGGCAAGACAGGACGACCUUACCCUGCGCCUGUCACCUACUCCCAAUGAGGGCACCAAUCAGGGCUCGGAGGAGGACGGGCUGUUUCAGAGAGGCUCGUGCAGCCCGAUGGAGGCUUCCCCAGCAGACCUGCCUCCACAAACAGAUGCUGCUCCUCAAACACCGGCAGGUUCACUCUCGAAGUCGUCGUCAGUGCUGGGGAACAGGCGGGCUUACACCGUCGCACAACUGGUGCUCGAGCCGGACAGCCAAGUGAGCUCACAGUGCACGGCAGCGUCUCCGGAGCUAGAGACUGAAGUCAUAACAGAAGAGUCAUCACAGUCACCGGUGACUGUAUCUGAAAGAAAAGCCUCGCAGAGCCCAAUAACAGACUAUGAGAUCAUCAAACCCUCACGGAAGCACCGCAGACGAACUAACCAUUGUUGCAGCAGAGCUUCAACUAGUUCCGCAGUGUUAACAGAGAGUGAGGACGAGCCUCCUGCCUCUGAGGCCAACGAGGAAGUUUGUGUGGAAAAAACCCAUAACCAGUCCAACAGAUCGCUAAGGAGCAACUCCUCCAAAUCACAUGGUGGAGACACGUUGUCAGAGGGGGAGGAAGACCCACAGGAGUCGUCCGCCUCCUUCAGAACGCCGGUGCAGAAAACUCCUCAGCAGGCCAGAGUUUCUCUCAUAAACAGCGAUCCAGAUAACGCAGACGACUUCAACAUCGACGAUUCUUCGUUGGACGAUUCGCCCAGUGUGUCCUUUCGCCCCGUCCCUCAGACAAGCUCCACUCCAGACAAGGACUCCGCCCACAACAAAGAUUCCUUGCAUUCAAAAUGGAAACAACUGUACAAAAGUGCGAAGGAGAGUAAGGAGAGAUGGAGCGAUGAAGAGUCAGAUUGCCUCUCCAGAAAGAACAAUGGAUCGAACGAGAGCACCACGUCAAACUCAACCAACAGGAAGAGGAAGUGGACUGAGCGGGAGACGCAGAUGUUGAAAGAAGGGGUCCGAAAAUUUGGAGAAGGGAACUGGAGUAAGAUAAAGGCAUAUUACACAUUCAAUGGUCGAACAAACGUCAACCUUAAAGACAGAUGGAGAACGCUGAAGAAGUUAAAGCAGGACUGAGAAGUUCAAGUUGUCCAUGUUUUUUCUACAUUAUGUCUGAUUCAAUUUCAUUCAAAUUAACUAGUUGGAUACUUUUUGAGAGUUCAAUUUGUAAGAUCAGUUGUUUUUGUUAUAAAAGCUGAAAUGGGGUCAGACAUGCAUUUCCCCCGUUUCUGAUAUAGGCAUAGUCACCUCAGCCCCAGUUUCAGACGCAAGCUCAUAAACAGACUCAAAUAAAUACUAUUAAUAAUAAUAAAA